GGUCGUCUUCAUCAUUUCAUUUUGUCCCAAAAUUUACAAAUAAACAACAAAAUUUCCCGAAUUGAAAAAGUCGACUCUCAGCAGUCAGCACAAUGUUCUCAGAUCAGAAUUUCUUCAACUACAGCCUUCUAUCUCUCUAUCUAAUUACACCACCUACAAUAAUCUCCCUCCUGUUUCUCACCGCUCCUUAUGGCAAGCACCACCGCCCCGGCUGGGGCCCCACUAUCCCGCCACCCUUGGCCUGGUUUCUCAUGGAGAGCCCCACCAUCUGGCUCACUUUUCUCAUAUUCCCUUAUGGCAACAACUACCACAACUUCCGUGCCAAGAUUCUCAUGUCUCCGUUCCUUCUCCACUACUGUCAUCGCACCAUCAUCUACCCGAUCAGGCUCUUCUUCAGCACCCAUCGCCGGAAACCCAAUACAGAAUCUCCCUCGGUACGGAAAUCCGCCGCCGGUUUCCCGGUGAGCGUGGCCCUGAUGGCGUUUGGCUUCAAUCUAUUGAAUGGUUACUUGCAAUCUAGAUGGGUCUCUCAAUAUGCAGAUCUUGAAGGCGACGAGUGGUUCUGGUGGCGAUUUGCGGGCGGAUUGGUGGUUUUCUUGAGCGGUAUGUAUGCAAAUUUGUGGUCGGAUAAUAUGUUAAUGGGCCUGAAGAAAGAGGGAGGUGGGUACACGAUACCUAAAGGAGGCCUUUUUGAGUUGGUGAGUUGUCCCAAUUAUUUUGGGGAGAUUUUGGAGUGGUUGGGCUGGGCCUUAAUGACUUGGUCUUGGGCCGGGUUUGGGUUUUUCAUUUAUACUUGUGCCAAUUUGGUGCCCCGUGCUGGAGCAAAUCAUAAGUGGUACUUGGACAAGUUCGGGGAGGAUUAUCCCAAGAACAGAAAAGCUGUUAUUCCAUUUGUAUUCUGAGAUUGUGCAGUUGAGCUCUGCUCUACGAGAAAACUAUAAGAAUAUAUGACUAUUUCCACAUCACCAGUUCAAACUAAUUACAAUUUUUUGUUUUUUUGGUUGAUGUAACCACCUAAAAAAUAACAAGCAUUUAUCUA